UAACGGUUUCGUCUGAUGCUGAACUUAGACAGUGAGAGCUGAACUCAGACAGUGAGAGCUGAACUGGGCUUUAACACGGAGGAUAUUCGGACAAGAUCCAGUCUGAGAUGGCGAGAGGAGAGGGGGCUGAGCAGUUUCCGUCCACUCUGCUGCCUUCGGUGAAACCUAUAACUCCAGAUGGAAUCAAAAGCGCCAAGGAGAAGGAAAAGAAGACGAAUAAGAAUCUCUCCAUAUGCAGUAAACUGUGUUAUGCCAUCGGAGGAGCGCCAUAUCAGAUUACAGGAAGCGCUCUGGGCUUCUUCCUGCAAAUCUACCUGCUGGACGUGGCUCAGUUGGACCCAUUCUAUGCAUCUAUAAUCCUGUUCGUUGGGAGGGCUUGGGACGCUGUGACUGACCCCACUGUCGGCUUCAUGGUGAGCAGGAGUCCUUGGACACGUCACGGCCGAAUGAUGCCCUGGAUCCUGCUGUCGACGCCGUUUGCAGUGAUCAGCUAUUUUCUGAUCUGGGUGGUUCCUCCAGUGGACAACGGAAAAGUGGUCUGGUACCUGAUUUUCUACUGCCUCUUCCAGUCCCUGCAGACGUGUUUUCAUGUGCCGUACUCCGCUCUGACCAUGUUCAUCAGCUCCGAGCAGAAAGAGAGAGAUUCUGCCACGGCGUAUCGUAUGACUAUAGAGGUGUUGGGUAGUGUUAUUGGAACUGCCAUCCAGGGUCAGAUAGUGGGCGGAGCCAAUGCUCCAUGUUUAAACCACACCUCCUCUCUGAAUGACAGUGUUCUACAGCUGAGCUCGGAAGUCAACGCCUCUCACGUCUCACUGGAUGACACAAAACAGGCAUACAUGUUGGCGUCUGGUGUGAUCAGCAUCAUCUACGUGCUCUGUGCUGCUGUGCUGUUCCUGGGAGUUCGAGAGCAGCAAGAUGUGCAGCGCAGAGCAGAUCGAUGUCUGUCCUUCGUGGAGGGUCUCCGGCUGCUGCAGACACACGGGCCAUACGUUAAACUGGUCACGGGAUUCCUCUUCACUUCGCUGGCCUUUAUGCUGAUGGAGGGGAACUUUGCGCUGUUCAUCACCUACACGCUGGGAUUUCGCGAUGACUUCCAGAACAUCCUACUGGUCAUAAUGCUUUCCGGUGCUCUCACCAUUCCUCUGUGGCAGCUGUUCCUCACCCGUUUCGGCAAAAAAACUGCAGUCUACAUCGGCAUCUCGUGGGCAAUCCCUUUCAUGAUCCUGGUGGUGUGUAUCGAGAGUAAUCUCAUCGUGUCCUACAUCGUUUCUCUGGCGGCUGGUUUCAGCGUGGCUGCAGCUUUCCUCCUGCCAUGGUCGAUGCUUCCGGACGUGGUGGAUGAUUUUAAAGUACAAAAUCCAGACUCUCAAGGACACGAGGCCAUUUUCUACUCCUUCUACGUUUUCUUCACCAAGUUUGCCUCUGGAGUCUCGCUCGGAAUCUCGACACUCAGUUUACACUUUGCGGGUUAUGUGACACGAGGCUGCGUCCAGCCCGACUCGGUGCAUUUAACUCUGAAGAUGCUGGUAUCAGCUGCUCCGGUCAGCCUCAUCAUCCUCGGCCUGCUGAUCUUCAGAUCGUAUCCCAUCAACGAGCAGCGGAGAAAGUACAACCGCAGCCAGCUGCAGGCACUCCUACAGGACAGCAGUGAACAGGACUCUGAUACUUCUGAGUCUUCUGACUUGGGAAGUGCAGUUUAAAAAGAAGAAUAUUAAGAACACACUGCCAUCAGUGUCCUCUGCCCUGGCCUGUAGAGGUCAGUGUGAGAUCACAGCAACCGCUGUGAGUGUCGUCAGUGCCUUUUACUGACCUUUCCUAAGGUCCUGGACUGGAUCAGCAGAGUGGACGGUUGGACUAGUGCCCGGGGUGUUAGGUCCACUACAGCCACCCUGCAGGACACCAUCUGCUGCGUUCACUAAUCCUGCGUUCUGCCUCCACCUGGUGGACGAGCGGAACCACAGUGGAAUGACUAAAAUAAGAAUAAUAAUAAAAUAAGAAAAUAAAAGAAACACCGGCUACAAAAGCACAAAAAAAAGAAAAAUAUGGCCAAAAGAUUUCGUAAUCCAAAAGUCAAUUUGCAUCGUCCAGAUAUUGAACAAUGCAAAUUAACUUACUGUGUAUUUUCUUGUUUUUGAGAAAACAGAGUUGUGUGAAUGUGAUUUCAGUUUGUCUGAGUGAGAUUAUGAUUGCCUUGCAGAAAGGAAUUAUUUUUCUUCCUUUUUUGCGAAGCUUUCCAAAGUACAAAGUUUUGAUAUUUGCACUAAGUAGUAACAUCAUGAUUCAGUUUCGUUUUGUGGCCCUUGAGUAGUUUUAAAUUGGUGGCCCAAAUCUUUACUGACAAUACUUUGUACUAACUUUUGUAAAAUGUAAUUUGUGUAAGACAAGCAGUGACUACAUGUCUAUCAACGUGCUGCAUUAAAGGGAAAUUCCAUCCGUUUUUUUCCUAAAUUCCCUCAUAACUCAGUGUGUGGGAUAUAAACAGAGUGAUUCACAGUGGUUUGAUGUGAAAUGGUUCAGAUGUCUUUACAGUGGUGCUGAUAGGAACCAGGGGUCGCCAUGACUACAACACAAAUAUAGACAUUUUAUUUACUAUCCAGAAC